GUGUGUCAGUCAGGGGGAGUAGAGUCUAAGUGGUGAGGAGUGGAACCGGUGUCUCGUUGUGCACCUUUCACCAUGGUUGACACUCGUACUGGGAAGAGCACUGCCCCCUCCGAGGCCGAGCAGGCCCGGAUUGCCGCCCUUUUGAGAGAGAAAAAGGAGAAGAGAGAGCUCCUUAAGCAGGCGAAGUUAAAGGCCAUUGCAGAGGAGCAGGCGGCAAAGAAGAAGAAGCUAGACGAGGAGAUGCUGAGAUUUCAGAAGGAGAAGAUGCUGAUGUUGCAGCAAGAAGAGGAAGAGAGGAGGAAGGCUGCAGAAGAAGAAGCAGCAGCAGAGGAGGAAGAAGAAGAAAAAGAAGAACCCCUCGAGAGAAAACGCGGGGAACAACGAGGGGAGAGUAGUGGCACGAAGGAGGAGGAUAGAUGGAGGGAAAAGAAGAUUAGUGAAUGGGUGGCUAACUUAUCAUUGGGAGAAGAUGAAGAGGCACAAUUAUAUGUGCCGCAGGAGGAGAGGGAGGCGUUUGCCAGGGCCCUGAAGCUGAUAGAGGAUCCCUUGGAACUCCAGGCGACAGAGGAUGAGAAAAAGUUGGAGUGGAAGCUGAAGAUGAUGAGAGAAAAGAAGAGAAGGAGGGAGGAAGCUAGUAGAAUAGCCGGGGAGGUUGAGCGAUGGAGGAGUGCGAAAGCACUCAAAGCUGUCAUGGACGACUUGGUAGCCGUCCCAGACCAUGGGGUCACGGAGACCCAGUUGGUCCAGUUAUUCUAUUUUGCCAUGCCAGAGCCCUUGAGACGGCACUUCUUCGACAAGACCCAGCAGCCCAACAUCACGUAUGACACAUUGAGUAGGGAAGUGGUCUUGUUUGAGGCCAAGUCCAUGCCAGUUUCCACUUUCUGGCAUAAGGACCUAGACAAGGGAAAGAAGUGGAAGGGUCGUACCAUCUCAGGCCAGGUUAGGGCCAAGGAUCAUUUGAUCCUCACCUUAGAUGAGGGUAGUACUGAUGAGGUCCCCUACAGUCAGAUUGAGUGGGGACUUGAGGAGGAGGACAGUGGCGCAGUGAAGAAGGAGCAAUUAGAGGAUCAGGUCUUCGUAGUGUAUGUAAGGCCUGUCACUGAGCCUAAGCAAGAGGAUAGUUCCAUGGAUCCAGCCAUUGCCAAGCUGCUGGAAGGGUUUAAAGAUUUGACAGAGCCGCCAACAGGAGUAGUGUCGCGACCGAUCCAACACAGGAUAGAGAUAGAGCCUGACAGUAGAACUCCUAAGGGAGCAGUCUACAGGAUGUCCCCUAGAGAGUUAGAGGAGUUGCGCAAGCAAUUGGAUGAGCUUCUAGAGAAAGGUUGGAUUAGGCCCAGUUCGUCUCCUUUUGGAGCACCAGUUUUGUUUGUCCCUAAGAAGGAAGGAGAGUUGCGCAUGUGUAUAGACUAUAGGGGUCUAAAUGCGAUUACCGUUAAGAAUGUUGAACCACUGCCCAGGAUAGACGAUGUCUUAGAUCGGGUGCAGGGUUGCAAGUAUUUCUUAAAGAUAGAUUUGAAGUCCGGAUACCAUCAGAUAGAAGUUCAUCUUGAUGACCAGUACAAGACUGCAUUCCGGACUCGUUAUGGGCAUUAUGAGUUCAUAGUGAUGCCCUUUGGACUGACCAAUGUGCCAAUGACGUUUCAACGUUGUAUGAACGAUCUGUUUAGGCCUUGGUUAGAUAGAUUUGUCGUAAUAUAUCUAGACGAUAUCCUAGUAUUCAGUAGGACCCUCCAAGAGCACCAGGGUCAUUUGAGGCAGGUCUUGGAGAAGCUGAGAGAGGCUAACUUCAAGAUCAAUGCGAAGAAGUGCGAGUGGGUCAAAACACAAGUCCUGUACUUGGGCCACGUGUUAGACGGAGAUGGCAUUAAGCCUGAGGACAGUAAGAUAGCGGCAAUUAGAGACUGGUCGAUGCCCCGCACGUUGACAGAGUUGCGGUCGUUCUUAGGCCUACCUAACUACUAUAGGAAGUUCGUGAGGAACUUCUCGACUAUCGCCGCACCCCUUCGCAAAUUGCUCAAGAAAGAAGCGAUCUGGCAAUGGGAUAAGGACUAUACGUCUGCGCUAAAGAAGUUGAAGCGCGCGUUGAUAGAGUACCCUGUCCUGAAAGUAGUAGAUCCGUCUUUGUUGUUUGUCGUCACCACGGACGCGAUACGGAGGGAGUGUGCGAUACAGCAUGAGAAAGAGAUAGCCACUGUUGUUGAGAACCUCAGAAAGGCCCAGCACCGCAUGAUAGAACAGGCUAAUAAGCACCGUCGCCCGUCACAGUUUCAGGUAGGUGACCUGGUCUGGGUCAAGUCUAAAGAGUUUGCUCCUGAGGAAAACAUCUCGCAGAAGUUACUGCCCGCGUAUAAAGGACCGUGGCCAGUUCUAGAAGUUAAGGGCGGAGAGGAUGGACCGUCCUACACUAUAGAGAUCCCAUCACACCUCCACACCUACCCGAUAUUUCAUGCAUCAAAGUUGCUGCCGUGUGUCACGAGUCAACAGUUCCCAUCUAGGCGAUCCAUGAUCCCCCCGGACAUGGACGGGAGAUACGACAUUGACGGCAUUGUAGGUGAAGAUGUGUUCAGAACAGGAGGUAGAGGCCGUCCGCAGAAACAUUAUAAAGUCCGGUUUGCUUAUCAGGAACCGGAGGACGACCGCUGGUUCACUAGAGCAGAACUUCUAGAGAUAGUUCCCGACAUAGUUAGAGCCUAUGAGAGAGAUAAGAAAGGUAAAGGUCCUGCCUUGGACUGAACUAUUCUCGGAGGACCUCGAAUUUAGGCAGGGCGGAGUGAAACGAUAUUCACCAGUUCGC